CGAGGAUGUACAGAUAUUUCGGGUGUCGCAAAUAAUUCUUCAGUUUCGUCUUGUUGUUCUUCUGGUGGGUAUAAAAGGAUCGGGAUCAGCUGAAACCAGCAUCAUUCAUAUCGAUAACGUCGAGUAGAAAUGGCUUUCAAGUUCAUCGUCUUCGCUGCUGUAUUGGCUUACGCCAACGCUGGAAAUUUGAUCGGAGCACCACUUGCCGCCCCACUGGCAUAUGCUGCCCCAGCUGCUCUUGCAACUCCUUUAGUCACUAAAGUAGCUGCACCCUUGGCUGUCGCCAGGGCUGAACCCUACGACCCAAACCCACAAUACCAAUUCGGCUAUGAUGUCCAAGACCCUAUCACCGGUGACUCCAAAAACCAAGUUGAAUCUCGCAGCGGAGAUGUUGUCCAAGGUCAAUACUCCUUGAACGACGCUGAUGGUACCAGACGUAUUGUUGACUACACUGCCGACCCAAUCAACGGUUUCAACGCUGUCGUCCGCAAAGAACCUUUGGUAGCCAAAGCCGUAGUUGCUGCCCCAGCUGUUGCUGCCGUACGUGCCGCCCCAGUUGUAGCUGCUGCACCUUUGAUCCGUUCAGCUCCUCUUAUCGCCCAACAUGCCCUCUCAGCUCCCUUGAUCCGCUCUGCUCCAGUCUUGGCCACAUCAGCUUACUCAACCCCAUUGAUCCACUCUUCUCCAUUGCUCGCACACCAAACCUAUGGUGCUCCUCUCUUGAGAUCUGGACCAAUCCUAUCUGCUGCUCCAGCUCUUGGAUACUCCACCGCUUACGGCAAACUUGCUGGACCUCUUGGAUACUCCACCCUCAUCCACUAAGCAUUCUCGUCUUCCUUCCAUUCGCAGUUUUUAUGCGAAUUGUAUAUUGUAAAUUAUUGAGAGAAAAAUAAAAUAUAAAAAAUAUGUUUCUAUUUUUAUAU